AUGGUUGUAUCUUCAGAAACAAUUGGCUGCGUUGCCUAUAUGGAGGGCGUUGGCACCUCUUAUGGAUAUGUACCACACCUUUCAGUUGGUGUCGUUUUCGUUGUCCUAUUUUCAAUUUCUAUGAUCGUUCAUACCAUUCAAUUUUGCUGGAAGCGAGUAUGGUGGGGUGUGGUGUUUAGUCUCGGGUGCAUGGUGGAGGUUCUCGGAUGGGCUGCUCGAUUAUGGUCAAGUCAAUGUCCAUACAACGGUGAUGCAUUCUUGAUGCAGAUUUCGACCCUAAUUAUCGCACCAACUUUCUUCACUGCUGGUAUUUACAUUAUCCUGGGUCGAUUUAUUCAACUUCUCGGACCCGAAUCUUCAAUCCUCAAGCCAAAAACCUAUCUCUGGAUCUUUUGUACUUGCGACAUCCUUUCACUCGUCAUCCAGGCCGCCGGUGGUGGUAUGGCCUCCGCUGCAGUCAACUCCGUGAACGGAAACACCGCACCUGGAACACACACCAUGGUUGCGGGUAUUGUAUUCCAACUAUUCUCUGUCACAAUCUUCGUCUUCUGUGCCAUCGACUUUAUCCGCCGUUCCUUGCGCUAUAAUCUUCUGCAGCCCAUGAAGGGAACUAUCCUUCCGCUGCUGUAUGCCAUGAUCUUCUCCGUUAUCUGCAUCUAUAUUCGGAGUAUCUACCGUACUAUCGAACUGUCUCAGGGUUGGUCUGGAUACCUCAUUACUCAUGAGCGAUACUUCAUUGCGCUGGAUGGUGCGAUGAUGAUUUCUGCUGUUGGAGUUUUCAACUUCAUCAACCCUGGUUGGUUCUUGCCGCAGACUGGUGGUCGUAAGCGGGAAACCUAUUCCAGUGAUGAGAUCGAGAUGAAUGUUCCCUCAAGCUCUUAG